GAUAGACACUGCGCGGCUAUUACGACACCGUCGCAAACUGGGUCGGUCCAUAGUUGGGGAAAAACAUGGCGGCGCUAGGUGCGGUCCACGCAGCCAAAAAAGUUCUACGGAAAGAAAUCAAGGCAAGGCUGGCAGCGAUGACCGAAGAGGAGAAGUACAGACAAUCUGAAAUUCUUACUCAAAGGCUUAUCUCUAACCCAAAGUACCAAGCCAGUAAGCAGGUUUCCUUGUAUCUAAGUUUCUCCAAUGAAGUGUCUACAGAAGGCAUCCUUCGGCACAUCUUUCAAAGUGGUAAAAGGGUCUUCAUACCAAGGUAUGUUGGUGACAAGAUGGACAUGUUGAGACUGUUCUCCCAGGAGGACUAUGACAGCCUACCUCUGACAAAAUGGAACAUCAAACAACCUCCAGAUGAUGACAACACAAGAGAUGAUGCAUUGUUUGCAGCUUGUUGUAACCCAUUGGCUUGGAGUUUGCAUGGUAGGGAAUCUAACAGAGGAGAAGGUGACAGGAUUGCCUAUUUUUUUCCACCCUUAGGUGGGCUGGACCUUAUCAUCAUGCCGGGACUGGGCUUCACCCCGGAAGGUCACCGUUUGGGGCGUGGGAAAGGCUACUAUGACAGCUACCUGAAGAAAUGUGCCGUGCUUCCAUCGGGGCAGCCAUACACGAUUGCUCUUGCGUUCAGGGAGCAGAUGUGUGACCACAUCCCUGUGUCAGAACAUGACAUGACCGUAGAUGAGGUACUGUUUGUGGAGAAGUAGUGAUCAGCCAAAUUUGCAGUCUGUUUUUCUGAAUAGGGUGCUACUCCCUCAUACAUCCAACAGCCCUCUUACCUUUAGGAGCAAACUCUUCCAUAAGUGGAAAAUUCAGAUUGACCACAUGGACCAGAAUUGUACCCUCAGGAAGCCUUAUAAUUUUCAAAUCAGACCUUCUAAAAUUCAACACUAUGAAACCACCACCCCCACCCUUGUGUCGUCCGCAUACACCAGGUUUAGCCUUUCAGAACCCUCCAACAAAUGUAAUGCUGAAUUCUAUUUCCUCAGUCUUUUCAACAAGUAUUUGACUUGCAUGAUAGAGCCAUGUGUUAAUUUAUACUUGAUUUUCUAUAUAUAGAGCAGAAGUGAUGGUACUUGUGCCUGAGCAAGUGAAUCUACUUGCAAUAUGAUAGAAAGCUCUACAAGACUGAUAUGUGCAGGAAUAUGGUAAAAAGCUAGCUAUGUAAACUUACUACAGUUGUCUUGUCAGAGGUUGUUUACAGGAUUGUUCUACAGAAAUAUUUAUUUUGGAAAUUGGUCCAGAAUACUGUACAAUUGUAGUUAAUAUUGAGACAUCUUAAGAAGCAUGUUUAAAGCAAGAUAUCAGUUCUGAUACUGUUUGUCCUAGGCUUUUGCAACAUUGUAAAUUGUGAUAGACAUUGUAUGUUUAGUUGCUUUUUAUCUCUACAAAUGAGUCAUAAAUUGAAAAGCAUAAUAACUAUAAGUAGGAAAAAGUACAUAUAUAAAUAUUUUAUUUUUUAAUCUAUGACUUAUGUGGUGUUCAUAGAGGUAGAGGACAGAAAUGAUCAUAGAUUUGAACCACUGUUAAUUGUCAAAUAUUUGUCAUGGUUUAAUGUUCCAUUGACAGUGAUAUUUUACCUUGAACUCAUCACAAAGCAAACAUUCUGUUUUGCAUUGCAUUGCUACAACUGUGAAUUUUAAACACCAGAAAUACCUCCUUUCCCCUCCCACUGCAAACUUUAAUCUCUUUACAGUGCUUUAAUCAUUCAAAUUUUGGAAACUGCUAGUAUCAUGUUUGUAAAUUCAACCACUGUAUUGAUGAGUGUGUACGCACAAUGAUGUGUUUUUGACAUUUAAGAAAAAGAUAUAUUACAAGAAGAAUUUUGUUGAUUAUGGGGAACUUUAAGUAUGCAUCCUUGAGUGAAACAAUCAGAGACUGGAAGUGAAGUUUAGCAAACAAUUUUGUCUUGUCUUUGUAUAGGGAUAACGAAAUGUUUAAAUUUCAAAUAACAUAUGACGUGUCAAUACGCACAUAUUUAUGAUAAGUACAGAUUUCAGAAUGUGAUAUUGAGUCAAAGUGCAAUGUUGCAACAACAUCCAGUGCCUGCCAAUUCAACAUUUUAAGAUUUUUCAGGGCAAAUUUUGCAUGCAUAUACAUGUACAUUCUGUAUAUUUUGUAAUUUGUGCCUUUGUAGAAUGUAGUAUUUUUGAAUAAGGAAUUGAAUCCGAAAUAAAGUUGUAAAAUGU